CGCUCGAGCGUCUCCGUUUCUUCUUCCUUCCUCAGAUCCAGCGCCCCACCAAGCCGCCGUCCGAGGUUUCUCCGGCUUGCUCUCCUCGCCUCGCCUCUCCUCGGGCUCUCCCUCUCCCUCCCCGCAUUCCCUUCCACCGCAUUCCGGGGUGUAUUUAGCCUCCGGUCCCUAGAGGCAGGCAGGAGGGGGAGGCGCGCGAGCACCCGGACGGCCGUCUCCACCGUCGGUCACGCGGCGCCCACCUCCGGCCGCCCUCCGUCCAGAUCCCUCUUCAGUCAGGUUUCCCCCCGCGGCCCGCGCCUUCUCCUUUCCGGCGCCGGCGGCGUCCUCUGACCCGUGCUCUGGAUCUGGGUGUUGUGCGCAGACGGUCCAUCGGAGAAGAUUAUGGGCGGCUUCGUCUCCAGGAUCCUCGUGCUGGUUUUCGGCUAUGCGUAUCCUGCAUACGAGUGCUACAAGACUGUCGAACUGAACAAACCUGAGAUCGAGCAACUUAUAUUCUGGUGUCAGUACUGGCUACCAUUUUACUCAGAGGCAAAGCCGCUGUUCUUUAUAUACUUGUGGUACCCCAGGACAAAGGGGACUACCUACAUUUAUGGGACUUUCAUUAAGCCAUACAUUUGACAGCAUGAGAAUGAAAUUGACCGUAAUUUGCUUGAGUUGAGAGCUCGUGCCAGCGAUGUUGUUGUCAUUUAUGUCCAGAAGGUUGCUGCUGUUGGACAGAAUACCUUCUUUGAUGUUUUGAAGUAUGUUGCCUCACAAUCACCAUCCCAGAAAUCAAAGCAACAACGUUCUCAGGUCAAGCAGGAUGAUAUCUCUGGUUCUCAUGACAUCUAGGAUGCUUGAAACUUUAUUAUCUUUUGAGUGAAGAGCCGUCUUUGUUUUGCAAACACUACCUGGAUGGAAAAUCCUACAAAGCGUUUGUAGAGAAGCAUACGGGAGCUAUGUUUGACAAAUGCCUGAUGUACAGGUUAGGCUCUGUAAAAAAUAA